UCUGUGUUUAUUUCUAUAUUGUGUAUGUAAGUGGUAAUGUCGAAAUAUUUAUUUUCUACUUUCCUUUUCUUUAUUCUGUUUAUAAGCAAAAAAGAUUUUAAAACAGUUAAAAAUUUACUGCUAGGUUCAAUAGUGGAUGUCAUGCGGAAAGAGCGGGAAAAUUUCGUUUUGUUUUGACAUUUUAAAGCCACGUGUUUUUUCUCAUUGAUUUUGCAGUUAAAAUUUUUGUUUUCUUCACCAAGUUUUUCGUUUUUUGAUUUCUGUACAAAUUCUCUUUUUUUACCUAGAGUUUGUUUAAAAUUUUGUGGAGGAAAUAUUUUUUAUAGGUAAAAUUUAAAUUAGGGUGGAAAGUUUAUUUAUAAAAAGAGGAAAGUUUAUUUAUAAAUCAGAUAUUUUUGUAAUCCACAUGGAUUAUCGGGAGAGUUUAUUGAAAAAUGUGCAUGUAAAUUUGCCAUUACCUGAGUCAACAGGUGAAACAUUUUUGGUGAGAGGUGAUUAUGAAUAUUGGCAUUAUGGAUGUGAUGGUUUUGACGAUAAGGGCUGGGGAUGUGGUUAUAGAACAUUACAAACAAUAUGCUCGUGGAUGAGGAUAAAUAAAAAUUUGGACCAAUCAGUUCCUACUUUGAGAUCAAUUCAGGAAACUCUUGUCUCUCUCGAAGAUAAGGAGCAAAAUUUCAUUGGUUCGAGAGAUUGGAUCGGAAGUAUCGAAGUUUGUUUGGUGUUAGAUGAAGUUUACAAGGUGCUUAGUAAAAUAAUUCACGUGCCGUCUGGUAGACAAUUGAUUAAUUAUGUGAGUGCGCUGAGGGAACAUUUCGAGCAGAAGGGAUGUCCAAUUAUGAUGGGUGGCGAUCGUGAUUGUUCGAGUAAAGGAAUCGUGGGCAUACAUGUCGGGGAGAAGGACACCUAUUUACUCGUUAUUGAUCCACAUUUUGUGGGAAAAGCAAAAUCUGUCGAGCAGCUGCACAACAAUAAUUGGAUUGUGUGGCAAAAUUUAAAGGAUUUUGUCGAAAGUUCUUUUUACAAUUUUUGCCUUCCACAAGUUAGCCUCUAAAACUUGUUGUAGUUUAAUAGCACCUAUAAUAAUUGAAUAAAUCGAUGUUGCAUUUUA